UCCUCAAUUGUAAUGGACCGUCGCUGUUUAAUUUGUGGACAACUGCCCACAUCUAGCUACUCCUAUCCACACGACAUCGUUGAGGCAAUCAAAUGGCAAGGUCUGCUUAAUUUCUUUGUGCCCAUUGAGAUUUUGUGGCAUUACUGUUGCGUUUGCGAAAAGCACAUCGAUGAAACUGGUGUCAAUGUUCCGGAUAAAUCAAUUUUCAAUACAAAUGAUCAGCGGCCAAGAGUCUCGUUUAAUGAAUCCGCUGCUGUUCUCUACUUUUGCGAUGCUAAAACACAACCGAAUUCUGAAACACACCUGCAAAGAAAAUCGGAUUACCUGCACUCUCGUGACUCUAAUGAACAAUCGUCUCGGAACCCAGGAAAUGAUCAUCAUUUCAACUAUAUUGACUCUGGCUUGUUAAAUUUUGAGAAUAUGGGAAAUCUCCAGAGGGCAAUGGGGAACAUGGGAGAUUAUCAAGAGGACUCUAAGAUUCAAAAUAUGUUGCCAAAAAGACACACUUCUGGUUCCGAAUCCUCAGAAUCUCACUUGAAAAAUUUCAAACUUUGCUUAAGUAGUUCCUCUUCUAAAGAUUUAAAUGUUGCAUCCAAAAAUUUUACAAAAGGGCAAACAGAAAACAAUAAUUUCGUACAGCUGGGCAGCUCCCUAACAUUUACUUCUGGUCCUUCUUGUCAGGCAUGGGCUGCAAAGAAUAAUCUAUUGCAAGACACUGAAAGUUCAGUCAAGCAAAGCGAUUUCAAUCGUAUUAAAUUAAAUAUGAAAUGCAAUCAGUUGGCACACCAGCAGACCAAACUCCUAGAGGAUCAGCAAGGACAGCGUGAGCUGUUGAAGCCGUCUGAGUAUCAUCAACAAGUGCAGCAUCCGCAAGAGCAGCUUAGCCAGCGUGCUCAGAACUACGAUCAAGGAAUACAUUGUCCUUCUGGGACCAGAAAUUUAAAAUUUUGCUGUAAUUGCAAGGAUGACAAGAACUCCCCUUCGAUCAAUACUCCAGAGGGCGGCGAUGGAACACAGCAAGAGGCUUCGAUGAACACAGUAAAAACUAAGCUGACACUUUUACCUUGCAGGCCAACACCACCGGUUAAUGUGCUCAUCAUGGUUGGCUCCACGUUACCAACAUACUGCAGUAAAAUUAAUUUUGGGGAGAAGCCAGCUCAAGUCUCAGUAAUCCGUGUGUUGGAAACGGACUACUCUCGGGAAAAAGCCAUCUUUCCAGAUAUCGAUGAGCCCAAGUUUUCAAUUUGUCGACCACCCGACGAACAUCAAAAAGAUGCUGAUAGCGCCCAGGAAGUUUUGCUAUUGGAAGUAGCUCAGACUGAAAACAAUUCCUGUGCGGAGAACUGUGGCAACAAAUGUCCUUCACGUAAGACUGCUACACCACUCCAGAAGGUGAUACAGGAUACAAAAUCAAUUGCAACUAAAUUUCCAACAAUGCAGGAGCAAAAGUCGCGCAUUAAUGAGCUGAAAAAUCUCGUGACACAACAGCAGCGACUGCUGCAGACGAUUCAGGCCAAACUGGAAGUGCUCCAGGGCAAGGUGAACGCAGACACAAUGCCAAAUAUGAUUCCUCGAAUCGAUGCAGGUGCCUUUGCAAAACCGAAACAGCACCGAACAUCCUUGAAUCCAGGAUUGAUUUCGGCAAUGGCCAGCAGCAACAAGACGAAGUGAUUUCAUUUCAACCGGAAUAUUUCCAUCACAGAUAACUUAAUAUACAAAUUUACCAAAAACAUGAGCAAAUUGUCAAAUAGAAAAAAAAAAUAUAAAUCA